ACAAGCAGAUUUUGAAGCUGUGCCCACGACAGUCGCUCAUUGGGCACUCCGUCUCUUAAAUGUAAUAAAUUUAUAUAUACAUUCAUUUUUCUUCAAUACACGUUUUUUUCAUUGUUGUGUUUAAUAAUGGAUUUAUUCCGUAUUUUUUCUUUUUUUAUUGUGCUUAUACUAGGAUUACAUCUGGGUAGCAGCUGCGACCUAAACAAUGCACGUUAUGGUUGUCGAAUACAAGGUGGAAGAUGUGUAUGUGGUAUGGCGUGUCUUGACAAAUCUUCCUUUGCCUCCCGGAGUUCUUGCAUGUCUGCACUCAGAGGUGCUAGAAGGGAUAUUUGUACAAUGAGCCCAUGUGAAAAUGGUGGAGAAUGUUUAAAAGUAACGCAAGAACCUGGUUAUAAAUGUCGAUGUGAAGGAACUGGAUUUCAUGGCGUUCGAUGUACCAAAUCUUGUCCCAGUCCGCAAAAUAUUGCAGAUGGUGCACAAUUUCCAUACGAAUGCAUUGUUAUAUGAUCUCGGGUCAGAUCUACUUAAUGGAAAUUUUUUUAUAUUAAAAGAACAAAUUGUUAAUAGUAGUUAAUAAGAGUCUAGCUGGAGAAUCGAAUAGUUUGCAUGGGAACAGUAAAAUCAAAUUUUCUUAAAAAUUUUGUACAAACAAAAUAUGUGUUAAAUAUAAUUAAAUUAACUAUUUUUUACUUUGUAAUGUUUCUAGGUAAUGAUUUUUAAA